ACAGUGAAAGAGGAAUAGUCUGGUGCCACCUGGGAAGCCUUGCACUUGUUACUCUGUAUGGAUCUUUUAACCAUUAAUCAUUCAAGAAGACCUCUGCCUCCCUUGAGAGGAAACGCUCCUCUAGCUGACUCAACAGGGGAGAAAUAUCAUCCACAGAUGAAACACACCGGUGAAAAACUUAAAAGAAGUCUAACUUCUGUGGGCCAGAGAAACACAGGUGUGUUCACUCAUUUUUGAUCACAGCUUGGUGGUAGCUUCACAGAAGAAAGAAAGCACAUUUUCCCACUUUCUGAACGGGGACAGUCUCUUGCCAUGCUCUCCGCUCAGGAAGCUGCUAAAAUCUACCACACCAACUACGUGCGUAACGCCCGAGCCGUGGGCGUAGUGUGGACGGUUUCCACCAUCACCUUCGCCGUCAUCACCGUGGUGGUGUUCAUCCAGCCCUACUGGAUUGGGGACAGCGUUAACACGCCGCAGGCCGGGUACUUCGGCCUCUUCCACUACUGCAUUGGCAACGCGCUCACCUCGGAGCUUAUUUGCAAAGGGAGCGCGCUGGACUUCGGCUCCAUCCCGUCCGGCGCCUUCAAGACUGCUAUGUUCUUCGUGGGCAUAUCCAUGCUGCUGGUGGUAGGAUGUAUCGUCUGCUUCAGCCUCUUCUUCUUCUGUAACGCGGGGAGCGUGUACAAGAUCUGCGCCUGGAUGCAGCUGGCCUCUAGUACGUGCAUGGUGAUUGGCUGUAUGAUCUAUCCUGAUGGCUGGGAUUCAGAUGAGGUGAAGCGCAUGUGUGGCCAGCGAACUGACAAAUACACCCUGGGUAACUGCACGGUGCGCUGGGCCUACAUCUUAGCCAUCAUCAGCAUCAUGGACUCACUCGUCCUCUCCUUUCUGGCCUUCAGCCUAGGCAACCGGCAGGACAAGCUGCUGCCCGAGGACUUCCAGGUGGAGGGGAAAGAUAAUGCAUAGACAUCCUGUGGACAACAGUGAACAGAGAUGGACAGGAACUGAAGAAGAGUACUGCUAACUUGGGGGAUUCAAAUGUAUUCCAAGGCUCCAGGACAGUUCAUGAAAAUACAAAGUACGAGUUCAUAUUGGUCUCAAAAUUAACAACUUAACAUAUGUUGAAAUCAGAGUCACUGCCCAUCUACAGCUUCUACCUUACAGGUGUAGCCUUCUGCAAUAAAUGCUGUUUUACAUAAAUAUGUCAACUAAACUCUUCAGGAUUUUCACAAAGAAUUAUAAAUGUAAAGCUGCUCAUUAACUUACAAGUUUCAACAAUAUUAAACGA